AUGAAGUUCCAAACCAACACCGUCCUCGCCGCUCUCGUCGGCCUUGCCGCCGCCGAGGUGCCCCAGGAACACUCCCACGAGAAGUACCUCAAGGCCGUCAACGCCCUCCUGGCGCUCGACAACCCGUUCAACAUCCAGGACUCCGUCUUCGGACUCCUCGGUAACGCCGCCGCGCAGGCUGGCGCCGGCGACGUCACCAACCCCGACUGUCUGCACCAGAUAACGGCCGAUUCGGCGUUCAGUGCCGCCAAGGCAGCCGGUGACGUCGACGGCAUGGCCAGCGCCCUCGUCUUCCGCGCUAUCGAGCGUAACACUGGCUCCGUCGGUCUUAAGAGCGUCUUGUGCGACGAGACUGCCCAGAACCCCGAGAUCGCCGCCCUUACCCAGCACCAGGACCCGGCCUCCGAGAACGCUGCCGAGGAGAAUAAGGCCAUCACUCUGGAACUUGCGAGACAGCUUGCUUCCGUCGGCGCUGAUCCCCUUCUUGCCCUUGAAUCGGGCACUUUUGCGCCUGGAGAUCCAAACGACUCUACCGGAGCCGGUAACAGCUGUAACGAUAUCGACGACGCCGAGGGAUGUAUCUUCACCCAGGGCCUGCUCGUCGAGGACGCUACACCCGAGGAGAUUCAAGCUGCUGUUGCCGAUGUUGCUGGUGGCGGCGGUGGUAACGCUGGCAAUGCCGGUGGAAACAACGGUAAUGCUGGAGGCAACAACGGCACUGCGGGAGGUAACACCGGCAACAAUGGUUCCGGUGCUUCCUGCUCUGCUGGCAACUCUACCGCCGUUGCGAGAAGAAACUUCCGCCGUAGCUCGCGAAGCGCAUUUGGCUCCGGCUUUGUAGCCCGCCGUGGUGGCAACAAUGCGAAUGCCAACGGUAACAACAACAACAACAACAACAACCAGAACAACAACGGCAAUGUCGACAACACUGGUGAUGCUGCUGACAACACUGGAAACGGUAAUGUCAACAACGGUGGUAACCAGAACGACAAUGGCAAUGUCGAUAACGGCAACAACCAGAACAACGGCAACGCCAAUAACAAUGGAGCCGCAGAUGAUGCUGCUAAUGGCAACGGCAACAACAACAACAACCAGAACAACAACGGUAAUGUUGAUAACGGCAACGCUAACAACGGCAACAACAAUGGCAAUGAUAACGCCGACGAUGUUGCUGAUGAUGUCGCUGAUGACACUGGCAACGGCAAUGUUGAUGACACUGGCGAUGUUGCCAACGACAACACUGGAAAUGGCAAUGCGAACAACAACGGAAACCAGAACAACGGAAACCAGAACAACGGAAACCAAAACAACAAUGGUAACGUUGACAACACUGAUGAUGCUGCCGACAACACUGGUAACGGCAAUGCCAACAAUGGUGGAAACCAGAACAACGGCAACCAGAACAAUGGCAAUGCUGGCAACGGCAACGCUGGCAACGACAAUGCUGACAACAACAACAACAACAACAACAACAACAACAACGCAGGCAACGGUGCCGCUACCGGAACCGACGUCCAAACCUUCACCGGCAACCUCGGUGGCCCUCCUCCCCCCGUCACCUCCUCCUCCGCCUCCAAGCCGUUCGAGGUCAACGGCUCUACCUUCCAAAACGCCGGCGCCGCCCUCCAGCGCUCAUGUGCCGUCCAGCACAACGCCUGCGCCGACGCAGCCAACUCUGGCGCAGAAGACAUCAGCGUCGCUGACUGCGAUGCGCAGGAAGACGACUGCCUCGCCGCGGCCUCGCUCAAGAAGCUCCGCCGCUCCUCCAGCGUCGGCUCCGAGGGCAGGAGAAUGCGCAUCGCCGUCAUCCAGUCGCGCCAGUCGCUCGACUUUGGCGACUGCCAGGACCCCAGCAUCCAGUUCGCCGCCGGUCUCGACGGACGCCAGGAGGCGUCUUUCGGCCCCGCGGGCGACUUUGACCACGGCUCCGCCCAGAACAUCAACAUUAUCAGCAGCUUCAUCUGCAGCCAGCUCUCGUCGAGGUGCCAGGCUGGUGAUGAUGCCGUUGCUGCUUGCGAGCAGGGACAGGCUGAUGCACAGGGCCUGCAAGGCCAGGCUGCUGCCGAUGCUUUCAACUCGGCUCUGGGGCUGUAA